UGAGGUCCAUCAGUACACAACAGACUGAGUCAUGGCAGCAGAGCCCCAGACUCAAUGCUCCUUUGGUUAAUCUGUAACCAGAGUACAAGCACAGCUGCUGGGUUUAAACAAGGGAGCAAAGGCACAGGACCUCAUUCAGAAACAACUGCAGAUGCACAAGAGAAGAAUUAAAGCUAAGAUGCUACAAUCAGUCAACGUUCUGGUCCUGCUGCUGUUCUGCAUCUUCUCUGGAAGCCAAGCCAACCGCGUCUAUGUUCACCCCUUUUACCUUUUCGCUGGGGAGAAUGUCAGCUGUGAGACUCUGCAGAACCCGACUAUUAAGCCUCUGGAUCUGCUCCCCGUGACCCCUCUUGAUGGAGACAUCUUGACACCAGACAAGAGGGACCCAUCCCAUCUGGAUGCACAGAGGCAGAACGUCACAGAGAGGACAGCGGUCCUGGCUGGUCUACUGAACCCUUUGGGCCUGAGGAUGUACCAGGCUCUCAGCAGGAAACACAACAACACUCUUCUGUCUCCGGUCAACACCUUUGGAUCCCUCGUCACCUUUUACCUGGGAGCCUCUAAGAAGACAGCGAGAUCUUACCAGAUACUUCUUGGCUUGAGUAGUGACACCGACAGAGAGGACUGUGUGUCCUUGGUGGAUGGACAAAAGGUUCUCAGCACCCUACGGGGCAUCAACUUUCUGAUGGACAAUACGUCUCAACAUGCCACCCAGAUAUGGGCCUUCGUUAGCAAGGAGGCUCAAUUGUCAGGUAACUUUAUUCAGGGCACACAAGAUUUCUCAGACAAGUCAUUCGUCCGAAGCGUGGACUUCUCAAAACCUCAGGAGGCAGAGACUCUGGUUAACAGCUUUGUGGAGAAGACUUCGGAUGGAAAGAUGAAGAACGUCAUCAAAGAUCUGAAUUCAACCAGUAAUCUUCUGUUCAUCUCCUCCUUUAGCCUCAAAGGCAACUGGGUGACAGCUUUUCAACCAGAUAAGACCACCAUGGAGGAGUUCCAUGUUGAUGAGUCAACCACAGUAAUGACAUCAAUGAUGACCCGCACGGGCCUCUACCACCACCUGAAUGAUAAGGUGAACAGGUGUGUCGUUGUGAAACUGUCUCUGAGUGAACAUUCCUACAUGUUACUGGUCCUGCCUCACGAAGGGGUCCCCAUCAGUGAAGUUGAGUUUAAGCUGCUCACAAAUCUCAUGACCAGAUGGCACCAGAACCUCCAAGAGGGUUUGCUGGAGCUGUCACUCCCUAAGUUCUCUAUGUCGUCUGUGAACGACCUGCGUGACCUGCUGACCAACAUGAACCCUGAGCUUGAGGCCAUGCUGUUGGGCUCUCAGGCAGAGUUCAGCCAGCUCAGCAACAUCAAACCCUUCACCAUAAAUAAGGCCAUCAACAGUGUGCUGUUUGAGAUGUCAGAGGAAGGAGCAGACGCUAAAGACAAGCAACCGGAAGAAGGAGUCCCCCUGAAACUGUCCAUCAACAGGCCGUUCUUUUUCUCUGUUAUAGAUAGGUAUUAUAAAUCUAUCCUUCUAAUGGGCAAGAUCAUUAAUCCUACCCUCUAAAUAUGUAAAAUGAACAAAAACAACUCACAUGCCAGACCAACAUUUUGUGUUUUUCUAUAGAAUAAUUGCCAAAUGUUAAAUAUCGCAAUAUGCAACAGUAAUUUUGUUAUUUUAAUUUAAAAAAAUCUGUUACAACUUGACUAGGAGCCACGUGUCAGUAUUUAUAAAGGAAGUUACUUCCUGUUGGUCACCUACUUAAAAGGUUUGGUAACACUUUAUAAUGCAUUAUUAAGCAUUAAUCGACGAUUAAACAAAGUAUUAACAACUUCUUAACCAUACUAUGUAAUUUAUUACUAAGCAGACCCCCUCCCAUCACCCCCACCCCCAAUAACAAUAACAGGAACGUUAAUAAAGGGACCCCUUUGUUUAUUAAUGCUUAAUAACACACUAAGUAACAUUAAUAAAGAGACCCUAAUUGUAAAGUGUUACCAAAUGUCCAUUUUUUUCUUUCUUGUAAAUUUAUUAAGACAAAUUUCUAAACUGUAUUUUGAAGAGUAUACAGUAACCACUGUUGUCUAUUGUUAAUGAAUGAUAUCUUUGCAUUUUGUAACGGAGUCUAUUUUGUGUAAUUGCUGAAAUAAAUAUGGUCAAAACUAUGAGAUUA